GGGCAGUUUUAUCAGUUACUUUAGUCUUUAGUCGCAGUGUACAGCUAACCCCCACGGUGGCUACGCGGCGUUUGCACCGCCUUGCUUAGUGGCAAAGCUCUCUUCAUAAUCACACCUCAAAACCGACACUCACCAUUUUCCAUUUCCCAUUUCCCCCUUUCUUAAGCCAUAAGAUUUGCCCAUUUAUAUAAACCCUAAAAUCUCGAACCCAAAUCCCUAAAAUCAAGCCAUCAAAAAAGUCUGAUAUUUAGGAAAAAAAAAAAAUAAUAAUUAAAAAAUCCAGAUUUGAAGAUCAGCCAUGGCCUAUCAGAACCCCCAAGAAGGCAAAUCUCUGUACCCACAAGUUAUCCAAACGAAUCCUGACCAAAACCCUUGGCCCCCAUCAUCUUCUUCCUCCUCCUCGUUGUACCCUUCCAUCGAAAUGAAGCAGCUUGCGGAGAAUCUCUUCCCUGAGACCGAGGAGGACCGAAACCCUAAAAGCCCCACCUCCUUCGAGUCGUCCGAGGAGGUUCUGGUGAAGAUCCCCGGCGCGAUACUCCACCUAAUCGACCGGCAGCGCAGCCUCGAGCUUGCGCGCGGCGAUUUCACCGUGGUCCAGCUGAAGCAGGGCGGCACCGUCGUGGCGGCCAUGGCCCGCGUCGGCGGCGAGAUCCAGUGGCCGCUCGCCAAGGACGAGGCCGCCGUCAAGCUCGACGAGGCCCACUACUUCUUCAGCCUCCGUGUUCCGAACGAGGCCGACGGUAUUCUGAACUACGGGCUGACGAUUGCCGCUAAGGGGCAGGAGGGCCUGUUGAAGAAGCUCGACUCGGUUCUGGAGAAUUUCAGCGCGUUCAGGGUGGAAGGGGCGGCGCCGGCGGAGGUUCAGGGAUGGUGGGCGGCGGUGGCCAGAGGGGUCUCGCCGGAGGAGAUGGAGAGGAAGCCGGAGGAGGUGGAGAAAAGCGCAGCAGCUUACUGGACCACAAUUGCUCCUAACGUGGAGGACUAUGGUGGGAGUUUGGCGAGGAUGAUAGCUGCUGGUUCGGGUCAGGUGGUUAGAGGGAUUCUGUGGUGUGGGGAUUUGACUGUGGAUAGGCUUACAUGGGGGAAGGAGUUCUUGAGCAAGAGGAUGGGGACCAAGUCGAAUUCGGAUGUGAGUCCCGAGGCUUUGAGGAGGGUCGAAAGUUUGGAUUUUGUGUUGAUGAUGUGGGUUGACUUAAAGUUUGGUGCUCUUUGUAAUGAUGUGCAUUUGGUAUUUUGGUUGAUCUUUUGUGAUGCUAUCAGGGUUAAGCGAAUGACCAAGAUGUCGGAGAAAGUGGCGACGGGUAUACUUUCCGGUGUGGUGAAGGUCUCUGGCUUCUUCACUAGUUCAGUUGCAAACUCGAAAGUCGGCCAGAAAUUCUUCAGCCUUCUCCCAGGAGAAAUCGUUCUUGCUUCCUUGGACGGAUUUAAUAGGGUUUGUGAUGCGGUUGAGGUUGCCGGAAAGAACGUAAUGUCUACUACCUCGGUGGUCACUACUGGCCUCGUCUCACAAAAAUAUGGGGAACAAGCGGCAAAGGCGACUCACGAUGGGCUAGGUGCUGCAGGGCAUGCAAUCGGGACAGCUUGGGCUGUUUUCAAGAUACGAAAGGCUCUAAAUCCGAAAGGAGUCCUUAAACCCACGACACUUGCAAAGGCUGCGGUUGAAGCAAAUUCAGCUAAAUUGAAGGCUAAAAAAUGAAUAAGUGAUUUUCUAGCUCUAGAUGGAUUGAAAGCUCUAAAGCAUACUUUGCCUUUGAGAUGUAUAAAAUAUAUAAGUUGUUCACUCAAAUUUUGCCUUUCUAUUUCAGCAAGCUAGGUUUUAUCGUCUUUUUUUGUAGCCCCUUGGAACUUUUCACCUUUGUAAAUGCUAUUUAUCUUUGGCAUGUGUUAUUAUGUAUGAAUAUUUGAUGUUCUAUUGGAAUUUCGUUAAAUCUUGUGUGGCAUGAAUUUUGCCAUUUUUCACAUUCUG